GCCCCUCCACCUGACCCCUUAAAACCCCACACCCCGGGACGUCUUCCAUGGCCUCCUUGUAGACCUACCCGGCCCUAUCUCCACCGCAACUCCUCAUUACAUCCUUCAAGAGAGCACCCACCCACACACUAGGAGAGAGACCAUCGUGCGUCCCCAUCCGGCCGGCCUGCCUGCCUACCUGCCUGCGGCUGCUGGUCGACCGGUGCGGCGUGCUCGGGUGAACGCGAACCAAGCGGGAACGAACAUGGCGACGCCGCGCGUGGCCGCCGGCGUGCUGCUGGUGCUGUCGGCGCUGGCCCUGGCGGGGGCCGAGGACCCUUACCUGUUCUUCGAGUGGAAGGUGACGUACGGGACCAAGACCCUGCUGGGCGCGCCCCAGAAGGUGAUCCUCAUCAACGGCGAGUUCCCCGGCCCCAGGAUCAACUGCUCCUCCAACAACAACAUCGUCGUCAACGUCUUCAACCAGCUCGACCAGCCGCUGCUCUUCACCUGGAACGGGAUGCAGCACAGGAAGAACACGUGGAUGGACGGGCUGCCGGGCACGCAGUGCCCAAUCGCGCCCAACACCAACUUCACGUACAAGUGGCAGCCCAAGGACCAGAUCGGCAGCUUCUUCUACUUCCCCUCGGUUGGCAUGCAGCGCGCGGCGGGCGGCUACGGGGCCAUCACCGUCGUCAGCCGCCUCCUCAUCCCGGUGCCCUUCGACCAGCCGCCGCCGGAGAGCGACCACGUGGUGCUCGUCGGCGACUGGUUCACCAAGGACCACGAGGUCAUGGCGCGCCACCUGGACGCCGGCCGCAGCAUCGGCCGCCCCGAGGGCGUGGUCAUCAACGGCAUGGGCGGCAAGGACCUGGCGGCCGCGCCCAUGUUCACCUUCGAGGCCGGCAAGGCCUACCGCUUCCGCGUCUGCAACACUGGCAUCAAGGCGUCCCUCAACUUCCGCAUCCAGGGCCACGACAUGAAGCUCGUCGAGAUGGACGGCUCCCACACCGUGCAGGACAUGUACGACUCGCUCGACGUCCACGUCGGCCACUGCUUCUCCGUGCUCGUCGACGCCGACCAGAAGCCCGGCGACUACUACCUGGUCGCCUCCACCCGCUUCAUCCACGACGCCCGGUCCGCCUCCGCCAUCAUCCGCUACGCCGGCUCCAACACCCCACCGUCGCCCAACGUGGCCGAGCCGCCCGCCGGGUGGGCCUGGUCGCUCAACCAGUGGAGGUCCUUCCGCUGGAACCUGACGGCCAGCGCGGCGCGGCCCAACCCGCAGGGCUCCUACCACUACGGCCAGAUCAACAUCACCCGCACCAUCAAGCUCCUGGUCUCCCGCGGCCACAUCGACGGCAAGCUCCGGUACGGCUUCAACGGCGUCUCCCACAGGGACGCCGACACCCCCCUGAAGCUUGCCGAGUACUUCAACGUCACCGACGGGGUGUUCAGCUACAACCAGAUGGGCGACGCGCCCCCCGCCGUGUUCGGCCCCCUCCACGUCAUACCCAACGUCAUCACCGCCGAGUUCCGCACCUUCAUCGAGAUCGUCUUCGAGAACCCCGAGAAGAGCAUGGACUCCUUCCACCUCGACGGCUACGCCUUCUUCGCCGUCGGGAUGGGGCCGGGGAAGUGGUCGCCGGAGCUGAGGAAGACGUACAACCUGCUGGACGCGGUGAGCCGGCACACGGUCCAGGUGUACCCGCGGUCGUGGUCCGCGAUCAUGCUGACGUUCGACAACGCGGGCAUGUGGAACAUCCGGUCCAACGUCUGGGAGCGCCACUACCUCGGGGAGCAGCUCUACAUGAGCGUCAUGUCGCCGGCGAGGUCGCUGCGCGACGAGUACAACAUGCCCGAUAACGCCCUCCGCUGCGGCAAGGUCGUCGGGCUGCCGCUGCCGCCGCCCUACGCCCCCGCGCGCUAGGAGACCUGCAGGGCCCUGCCCCCGUUUCCCCGUUGAUUGUGUCGUUCUGACCUCUGACCGAUCCAGCAUUCCUGUGUGUUGUUCUUGACGAAAAUCUCCUGCCUCGGCUGAAUAAGCAACCGGGGCGUAGUACCUGCACCCCCAUCAAAUCAAACUCAAAGAACAAGCAAAUUGAAGACGAGCUUAAAAGAAGCAUAGGGAAUUGAAGGGAACAAGGAACGUCGGCUGGGGUGUCGGCCGGCCGGUAACGCAUGGAUAUAUGCUGUAAUCUUGAGAUGCCCUCUCAAAUCAUUGCAAUGGGAGUUGUAAAACUGUAUCUCCCCGUUUAUACCUACCACAAAA